AUGAGGCUCUUCGCUACUGGUCGAGCCCUGCGUGCGAGCAGUGGCCGCUGGUCAAUUGCAUCGACCCGACCCCAAACCGUCAUCCCACGCUCCCUCCAAUUGAAGCCCAUCCUCACCCGCAACCGCGAAUGGAGCUCAACCACAGCUCGCCGAACAAGCGAACAGAAACCCGCCACUACUUCUACCACACCCAAGCAGCAAUCGACCCUCAAGAUUGAAGGGGACGCUUAUAAAACCGACGAGUGGACAAAUACUCCUGAUACAAUCCUGUCCCAUGUUGGCCGACGACUUUACCUCGACGAGAACCACCCACUCGCUAUUACCCGGAAACUCAUCGAGAGCCAAUUCGCCGGCCCAAGCUACGGCAAUUACUCAGAGAAGAACCCAGUCAAAGAACUUCGACGUCCUCGGCUUCCCCCGGACCACCCGGGCCGUAGCCGCACAGAUACCUACUACGUGAACGAUAAGACCGUGCUGCGCACCCACACCAGCGCGCAUCAGCAAGCCUAUUUCCAGCAAAUUGCCCGCAAUGAGAAGACCCGCCCAGAGGAGGUCGGUUACACCGUCAUCGCCGAUGUGUACCGUCGCGAUGCGAUCGAUCGCAGCCACUACCCGGUCUUCCACCAGAUGGAGGGCGCGAUGCUGUGGAAGCGCCCAGCGACGAACCCGCUAGCGGCAUCUGCCGAAACAGCAGCUAAGAUCAUGGCUGAUGUGGAGAAGAUCCCGCGCCAUGAUGUCGUCGUUGAAGACCCCAACCCCACUAUCCACGCGCAGCGCAACCCGUUGCAGGCGGAGCACCACAGCGCCGAGGAGGUUGAAGCUAUAGGUGCGCACCUCAAGCGCUCGCUUGAGCGCAUGGUGAUCAAGGUCUUCACGGAAGCCAGCAAGGCUGCCGCAGCCAGCAGCGGUGGUGCGGAGCAAGAGCCGCUCAAGGUCCGUUGGGUCGAGGCUUACUUCCCGUUCACCAGCCCGUCCUGGGAGUUGGAGGUCUUCUGGCAAGGCGAUUGGCUUGAGAUCUUGGGAUGCGGUGUCAUCAAGCAGGAUCUGCUGAUCAACUCAGACGUGCCGGACCGCGUUGGAUGGGCGUUUGGACUGGGCAUUGAGCGUAUUGCGAUGCUUCUUUUCAACAUCCCUGAUAUCCGCCUGUUCUGGUCGCGUGAUGAGCGGUUCUUGUCCCAGUUCAAGGCUGGACAUAUUGCGCGCUUCGAGCCCUUCUCCAAGCACCCCGCUUGCUAUAAGGAUGUAGCUUUCUGGCUGCCCCCUGCUGCUGUGACUGGUGGUAGCAGUGCUGCGGGUGGGGCUGUGCCCUUCCACGAGAAUGAUGUUAUGGAGAUUGUUCGUGGCAUUGGUGGCGAUCUUGUUGAGGAUGUUACUCUCAUUGAUGAGUUUACGCACCCUAAGACUUCGCGCAAGAGCAUGUGCUAUCGCAUCAACUAUCGUAGCUUGGAGCGGACUUUGACGAAUGAGGAGACCAAUGAGAUGCAUCUCAAGGUCCGGGAAAAGUUGGUAGGAGAGCUUGGAGUUGAGCUCAGGUAA